CAAUGUCCCAAACCACCCGAUAGAAGACUAACAAGAAGAAGAAACUCUGGAAGCUCUCAGUUCUCACACUUCACCGGAGACUAAAGAUAUCAAGUCUGAGAGAGGAAAUUUGCAACAAGAUAACUGACGCUUUGAAGGUUGCAAGUCAAGCUUCUGUCUAUAACUACCGCUGAUAUGAUGUCCCAGCAUGCAUCCUUGACCGGCUUGUUCGGCGACGACCCUUUCUUCAGCCAGGACCGGCUGCUUUGGCCGCUGAGUCACAAGGCCCUUUCAUCACUGCAGCAAGACUUCUUCAACCAGAGAACCAAAGUGGCCGACAGCCUUCUGAGGGGAAUUCACGAUAGGCCCCACCUGCUCAAAUUUAGCCAGUUUCCUCUUAUUUCCUCCACUAUGAUGAGGUUAAGUGAUGCUAAAGAGAGAGAGACUCCCAGCAUGGAGCUGCACAAGGAAGCCCAGCUGGCCACAGCAAACAACAAUGACCUCCUGGUGACCCUAGAUGCUCGCGGUUAUGCCCCAAAUGACAUCACUGUCAAACUGGAGGGGCGUAGCCUGGCGGUGGUGGCCAUGAAGCAGGCCGGAGCAGAAGAAAGCCAGUCCUCCGCCUCCUCCUCCUCCUGCGCCUCCUUCUGCUCAUCAGCCUCGUCACAGAUGGGAUUUGUCCAGAAGAUCGACCUUCCCCCUCAUCUGGAUCUGUCGGGCCUCUCCUGUUCCCUGAUGGAUGAUGGACAGCUGCGGAUCCACGCCCCCGUAGCCAAGCUACCAAUCAGUGAGGAGCAGGAGGUGCCUGUUCGGUUCAGGUCAUCGCUGGAAUUUCCCAUUACCAAGGAGGAGGAGUAGAGAGACUAAUGCACACAUGACAAACACAUCUGAAUGAAAACACAUUUUUUAAUACAAAAAUAUAAAUGUUAUGCCCACACACAUAUACACUUCCACUACAAGAUUGUCUUUAAUGAGUUAAG